AUGCUGGGAAUGUCUGGAGCCGGUGGCUGCCAUCCUUUGUUGGGCACCGUGGUGGACGGUACCGUCGGGCCUGAACUUUUUUUUUGUAUGGGUCUUUUUUCUCAAACCGAUUCCGAUAAGUCAAUUAACGUUGCACAAACUGAGCUUACGAAGUUUUUUCCAAAAUUUUUAGUUAUACAUGGUAAAGACGAUAAACUUAAAAACAUGUCGCCUUUUUUGAUACAAAAGUAUAUUCAAAGUACUACUGGUAACGUCAGAUCUGUAAAGAAGCGCAGAUCUGGAGAUUUGUUAAUAGAGUCUACGACGCCGAAAGAGUCAGAGCAACUUCUAGCAAUAAAGAAUUUCGGUGAUGCCCCAAUAGAAGUACCUGGUCAUAAAACUCUGAAUUAUACCAGAGGUGUCGUAUCUAGUAUGGACCUUAUUAUGGUGAGUGAUGAAGAAUUUGUUUCUGAACUGCAGUCAUUUAGAGUAACAAGUGCACGCCGUAUAACAUUAAAAAGAGAUGUUGCGAUGUACGUCCUUUUGUGCCAAACCCGGUGCGUUGUUUUAAAUGCCAGAGGUUUAGACAUACAAAAACUAGUUGCUUCCUCACGCUGUCCACAAUGUUCUGAAAUUGGCCAUGAUGACACUCCUUGCACAAAGCCCGAAAAAUGUGUUAAUUGCAAUGGUAGUCAUCCUGAUUAUUCUAAGUCCUGUCCCAAGUGGAAGAUUGAAAAAGAAAUCCAGACCAUUAAAGUUUCUAGAGAUAUCUCUUUUGCAGGAGCUAGGAAAAUAGUUGAAAGUCGAACUCCAAAGAAAAAUCUCCCAUACAGUACAGAUUUAAAAAGGACGACUUGUUCAAGUAUGCAAACUGAACCGAUACAAACUCAAGAAAACAGUAGUCCAUCACAAACAAUCUCGAAGCCUUUCCCUUCUCCAUAA